AUGGCAGCCAACAGAUGGAUCAGGAACAAGGAGGCUAAGAACGGUCUGAAGAUCAUUAAGCUGACGGACGGUAACUUCCUGCGUACGUUGGAGAACUGUAUCCGUAUCGGGAUGCCGGUACUGUGUGAGGACAUCGGGGAAUCCCUGGACCCUGCCCUGGAGCCGGUCCUCCUCAAACAAACCUUCAUGUCUGGAGGUCGUCUGUUGAUCCGAUUAGGAGACAGCGAUAUCGACUACGAUCGUAACUUCCGAUUCUUCAUGACGUCUAAGAUGGCUAACCCCCACUACCUGCCAGAAGUCUGUAUCAAGGUCACCAUCAUCAACUUCACCGUCACUCUGUCUGGUCUGGAAGAUCAGCUCCUCAGGUAA